AUAGGCCUGUUAGCCUAUACUGGCUUUUUUUCAGAGUUACUGGAUAAAAAAAAUACUGGGCAGCUGGUGACACUCUGGAAAGCAACAUGGCUGUAUAAUAGUACAUAAAUGCAUAACAUGAAUGAAAUCAGUUGAAACCUCUCAACGUAAAUGUUUUUUUCAUUAUGCUUGUCUUCCAUUAACGGCUAAAUUAUUCAAAUGGCAUUGAUUCUUUCUCGCAUCCUCGUCGUUAUCAGUAAAACGCCUUUACAGUAGGGGGCGACACUAACUGAAUUCCAUCAUGUCGACAAAACAAGAAGAAGACAGCUCAGCAAAUUGACAUUAUGCCAGCCGGUAUAUGAAAUUUACGUGAGAGGUGUUAAAUGUUGCAGAAUAGGACCAUCGUAAAGACCACGCACUUAACAGGGCACGGGGAGAGAGAGGUGAGAGAGGAUGAGUGGACGCAAGAGAGGAGGCCGGCCCAAUCGGGGAGGAGGACGUUUCAACAAGCCCCGUGGACGAGGAGGAGGAGGUGGGGGAGGAGGUGGGGCCGGGGGAGGUGGCAGGAAAGGAGCUAGCAGCGGUUGGGAUGAUGGUGAUGACUUCAGCCUCAACAUGGGUCCGGCACCCUCCCAAAAACCCCAACGCGGCGGUGGAGGUCGCGGAGGAGGAGGAGGUCGCGGCCGUGGGAGAGGGGGGCGUGGAGGUCGCGGGGGUCGUGAGGACGGCAGAGGUCGUGGCGGUGGAAGAGGGAGAGGGACGUCUCAGGCUCCGUAUCGCGGGCGCAGCAGCCCUCGGCCGGACGAGGAGAGACGGGCGCAGGGCAAGACGGAGCAGCACGCCCCCCUGCCGCUGCAGAAGAUCCACAUGACGUCGGAGAACCAGCUGCAGGUCAAAGAGCUGCUGAGAGAGCUGCAGAGCCAGGAGUACAGCGGCCAACACAGUGAGUCAGGCUCAGACUACGACUAUGAGGAAGAGGAAGAGGAGGGUGAGGAGGAGUAUGACGAGCUGGACGUGCGUGAUGAAGGGCAGUACUGGAGCACACGGGACCAAGGGCUGGACAGCGCUCAGACGGACGAGUACGAGCUCGAGGAGGAGACGGACAGGGACGCACACACACCCGAGCCCGUCGCCUCUCUCUUCGCUCUGGGAACGCUCAGCAGGUAUGGCUUCGACCGUGAGCGCAGCCGGCGUGUUUUGGAGGCAGGGCCAGGCGAGGUGGGCGGGACCCUAGAGCUCCUCCUCCAGCAGCUGUUCUCGGAACGCUACGGCGCAGACGCGCUCUCCCCCGCCACGACUGACCCUCCGUCGCCCGCCGACUGCCACAGCCCCGUGGACGAGGAGGCCAACCGGCCGGCGCCAUUCACGGCGACCGCCAUUCAGCGACGCCGAGCGCCUGGACCGGUCGACAUACAGCUCGACUGGCUCUCGGCGGCGGCCACCGCCCAGAGCUCGGCCAGAUCGACCAAUCGGGGCAAGCAGGGGGCGGGCUCAUCCUCCCAGGUGUGUAAGUUCUACCUGAAGGGCGCUGGGUGUAAGUUUGGCGAGCGCUGUCGGUUCCGGCACCAGCUGGCGGGGGACGAGCAGGCUCCGCUGGCCCCGUUGCAGGGCUCCCAGGCGGGCUUCAGCAGCGACGACACCCCCCUGUACCAGCUGGAGGUGCGUUUCCCCCCCGGCAGCCGCUACCCUCACCAGCCCCCUCUGGUGGCCUUCUGCACCAACGACGCCUCUCUCUCAGCCGCUGGGCGCCUCAGCUUGACUGAGUACCUGUUCGGCCUAUCGCUGAGCGCCGCGCAGGAGGCGGAGCCUGUGGUCUACACGCUGCUCUCCACCCUCGAGGAGGAGCAGCCAAUCAGAGACCUGCUGUCAGUCACGCAUCACAAGUACAGCUCCCCGCCCCCAGUGAUCGCCCCGCCCCCGACAAACAUGACGGCAAAGACCAAGAAUGGCCGGAACAAUCUGCCUCCCGCUCCAACGACAGUGUCCAAGCCAACCGCUGGCCCGACAACAGUGUCCAAGCCAACCUCCGCAACAACCAAUAGUGUCAGAAACAGACAACAGGAAGUGAAGAGUGUGUGUGAGGAGGAGCAGGAGGAAGAGGAGGAUGAGGGUGAGGAGGAGGUGCGGGCCGUGCCGGUGGAGAGCGAGAGCUAUGUGAACUUCAGGAAGAGGAUGGAGAGGAGGGUGGAGACCAGACCGCAGGACAUGGAGCAGGACAACAAGAAGCUCCGCAGAGACUUCAAGAGGAAACAGUCGUCCAGGCGGUACCUGUCUCUGCAGCAGCAGCGGCACAAGCUGCCCGUGUGGAAGGAGAGGCGGAGCAUCCUACACACUCUGGAGGAGAACCAGGUGCUGGUGGUCAGUGGCAUGACCGGCUGUGGGAAGACCACUCAGAUCCCGCAGUUCAUCUUGGACGAAUCUCUGAGUGGUCAGCGUGUAGCCAACAUCAUCUGCACACAGCCGCGACGUAUCUCGGCUAUCGCCGUGGCAACCCGCGUGGCCGAGGAACGGGCAGAGCCGCUGGGUAACUCCACAGGUUACCAGAUCCGCCUGGAGACCGUGCGGUCCUCCAGCACUAGGUUGCUGUUCUGCACCACUGGUGUUCUUCUGAGACGCUUGGAGGGAGAUGCAGAGCUGAGUGGAGUCACACACGUCAUCGUGGACGAGGUGCAUGAACGCACUGAAGAGAGUGAUUUCCUCGCCUUGAUUCUGAAGGAUCUGAUACUGCAGAGGUCUGAUCUGAAGGUCAUCUUGAUGAGCGCCACGCUCAACGCAGAGCUCUUCUCAGAGUACUUCCACGGCUGCCCCUCGGUCCACAUACCAGGACGUACAUUCCCUGUGGACCAGUUUUUCCUGGAGGAUGCUCUUGCUAAAACAAGGUUCGUGCUGGAGGACGGCAGUCCGUACCGGCUCUCCUCCAAACCCGGCGGCCAGUCCAGCCGCGGUGGAGCGGGCAGUAAGGGCCGGGCCCCGCUCGAUGACACGGAAGACGAUGACGGUUGGUCCUUCGGCUCGUUCGCCAGGAAGGACGCUGUGAAGGACACCAUCCCUGACGAGCAGCUCAGCUUCUCGGACCUCCAGGUCCGAUACAAGAGCUGCUCCAAGUCUGUGCUGAAGGCACUGGCUAACAUGGACCUGGAGAAGAUCAACAUGGACCUGCUGGAGGACCUGCUAGAAUGGAUAGUGGAUGGAGAUCACAGCUACCCACCUGGUACGUGUUUGUCUAGUCCACCAGAAGGAGUGACCAAGAUCAUCAUCUCCACCAACAUCGCCGAGACCUCCGUCACCAUUGACGACGUGGUCUAUGUCAUUGACUCAGGCCGCAUGAAGGAGAAGAGGGGUGAGGUGUUGGAGGUGUUGCCAGGCGUUAAGCUGGACUCUGUGUUGUCGUGCAGUCGGGCCCCGUCGGAGGAGGGCUGGUGCACGGCUGCAAAGAACAGCACGAGCGCAGGAUACCAGUACUGCAGGGAGAACUUCCUAUCCGCACGGGGACUACAGGAGAUUUCAAGUCUGAAGAGGCAGUUUACCGAGCUGCUGUCGGACAUUGGCUUUGUGAAGGAGGGUCUGAAGGCCAGAGUCAUCGAGAGGAUGAGCUGCAAAGGCACUGAUGGAGUACUGGAGGCUACAGGACACGAGGCCAACCUGAAUGCUGACAACACCAGACUGAUGUCUGCCGUAUACCAAUGCCGCUCUCUACCCCCCAACGUUGGCCGCAGCGUCGCGGCGGCGGCGUGUUCGUCAGCGACUGCGGCAUGGUGGUGUGUACCCAUUUCGUGCUGUUGGUGAGGACAGGUCAGCGUUGAACUCCAGCGUGGACAGUUCAUCGUCUCCCUGGACGACGGCUGGAUCAAGUUUGCUGCCGCCUCGCACCAGGUGGCAGAGCUGGUUAAGGAGUUGAGAUGGGAGUUGGAUCAGCUUCUGGAGGAGAAGAUCAAGAAUCCCAGCAUGGACUUGAUCACCUGUCCCAGAGGCUCACGCAUCAUACACACCAUCGUCUCACUUAUCUCCACACAAUAACACACACACACACACAUACACACGCUAACACAGACCUGAUUACGUGCGCACACAUUACAAACACUCUAGUCUACCAUAGUCUCUCUCAUCUACACACACACACACACACACACAAACCCUGAUCACAUGCGCUGUAUGUCCACAGUACCACUGAUGCCAACCUUGGGUUAGCAACACAACUGGUCAGCGGGGCAUCACUGGCAUGGUGCAUGUAGUGAUUGGCACAGUGGCACAGUGCUGUACUCAGCUGCUCUUUCCCUUUAGAGCCACCAGGCCUGUCAGCUACAGCAGGCUUCAUCUAUCAACUAUACAGUACACACACACACACACACACACACAGUGCCACAGUGCUGUACUCUGCUGCUCUGUCCAGGCCUCUGUCAGCUACAGCAGGCGCAGGAAGCCAGACCAAGAGGAAAGACCCUUGAGAGGAGAGGAAUUUAAAGACGUCACACUGAUGUGUGUGUCGUUUAUACUCAUGAGAGUUUAGGUGUUUACAUCCUUUAAGCAUCUGGGCCACAAUCCCACCUGCCCUCCUCUGUUGCCAAAUGUAUCUGAAUUCAAGUUGUGCACACUUACAUGAUUUUGUGUGUGUGUGUGCGGCUUUCAAGCCUUUGUGGAUUACAGCAGGUUUAUAAAACAAGAAUGAGAUGAUGAAUUUAAAGACUUGACGUGUGUGUGUGUGUGUGUGUGUGUGUGGCCAAUGAGGUCAUGUUUUCUAUGUAUUCAUACUUGCUUGUGUGAUCAAGAGCACAAGCUAGCAGAUAGCGGCGUCCAUAUUGGAUCCGGAGUUUCCUUCAUGAGUUCCACUUAUUAUUAUUAUUAUUAUUAUUAUUAUUAUGGGAUGCAAUGGAUGGUCUGUUUCCACACAUACACAUGAUGGUAUUUAAGUCUGAAAGAGCUCCUUUAAACACAACACACACGCCAUGGAUGGACUACUCAAGGGCCAUCUGUACUGUGCGUUGUAUUAAAGUGAGGUCUUAAUAAAUAAAUGGGAGAAUAAACUCUCAAUUCUACU